ACAGGUUAGGAAAUUCCCUGCAACAUGAUGGAGGUAUGUAAUAGAACUUGACAUGGGCGUCGUCCCCAUCCUCCCCCCUUUCAUGCUCGGCUUCAGAAACCCAGUUGGUCCUCGGCACCCAGCCGAACGGUGACGAGAUUGACCAUGCACCUCGACACGGCAACCCUGGCUCAGGCCUGCAGCAGCCAACAGUUUCUCGGGAUCAUUGUGGUAUUCGCAAUUGUUGCGAGCAUCUUAUUUCCACGUCUGUUUCAGAAGCAGAAGCAAGACGACACCCAGGAUGGCCUCUUCACGGCCAAUAAGCGCUUCUCCUGGGAACCGUCAUUCUUCUCGCGGGUUCGCUGGAUCACCAAUGCGCAGGAAAUCCUCACAGAUGCCGACAACAAGGCCCAGGGGCGUCCAUACCGCCUCGCGCGCGGCGACACCGACCAGAUCAUACUCCCGCCGGCGCUGAUCCCCGAGCUCAACCGGCUCGGGGCCGACGUGCUCAACAGCCGGGAGUCGCACGCGUUCGGGCUGCUGGGCCACCUGACGGGGAUGGGGGUGGUGCGCAAGACCAGCUUCCACGUGCGCGUGCUGCUCUCCCACAUCAGCCCGGCCCUGCCGGCGCUGUUCCCCCUGACGGGCGCCCGCAUCUCGGCUGCGAUUAAAGAAGAGUUUCCGCAGAGCGAUCAGUGGGUCGCCAUGAAGCCGAGUAAGGCUGUCGUGCGCUGCGUGAGCGAGUCUAUUGCGCUGGUUUUGUUCGGCGAGGAGAUGACGGCCAAAAACCCGGAGCUGGUCAACCUUGCGCAUGAGCAUACCAAUAACGUAUUCCAAGUCUGCUUUGCCAUGCGCUGCGUGCCGGCCUGGAUGCAGCCCUUUCUUGUCUGGCUUCUCCCCCCGAAAUGGAGCUUGCUCAGGGGCUGGAGAAAGUUGACGGGUUACGUCGUGCCCAGGGUGCAGCAGCUCAAAGAAGAGUUCGCCGAGAACCGCCGUGACAGAGAAGUCAACCCGGAUGUGCUUUCGUGGAUGGUGGAAGCCGGCCGGACUGAGAUGGAGCGUGACCCCAACGUGCUGACGGCCCUUGUGGGCUCUAUCGCGGCCGGGUCCACGUACAGCAUUGCCAAUUUUUGCUGCCGCACCAUCAUGGACAUGGUGGCUCACCCGGACGUCCUCGAUGCCGUCCGCGCCGAGAUUCGGGACAAGCACUCCGAUGUCCGUGGCCGGUGGGAUAUGGCGGCAUUGGCUAGCCUGGAAAAGCUGGAGUCGGCCAUGAAGGAGUCGGCUCGGCUGACCCCGGGUACUCUGCUCGUAUACAGCCGCGUUGUCAAGAAGGACCAUGUCCUCUCCACCGGUCUGGCGCUCAAGAAGGGCCAGUUUGUCACCAUGUCGGGCGCCACGCGGACGAUGGGCCCUGAGUAUUUCGAGAAUCCUCGGGAGUACCACGGUCUACGCUUCUGCGCUGAGGACAAGAUCGAGGAGCACCGCGCACGGCCUUUCAAAGACAUUGACACUGAUAUUCUCACUUGGGGAGCAGGGCGGUGGGCAUGCCCGGGUCGUUUGAUAUCCGACCUGGCCGCCAAGAUCUUGCUCGUCAAGCUGCUGGAUGAGUAUGACUUUGGCUUUGUCGGGAACAAGCCCCUGGCGCGCCAUUCCAUGCACGAAUUUCUCUUUUUUCACCCGGAUAAUCAAAUGCUCGUCAGGCGCAGGGAGGAUUCUCGCGGGAUUGUUUUUGUUUGAGAAAAGUCUCUAGGUACAUCAGGUUAUCUAAAAAGUGUGCUUCGUUGUGAUCCGAAAGGUUUCUAGGAGGCAAGUAGAAGAGCUAGCUUAGGCGGUAACUGAGUGUACGUGUUCCAUGGUUGACCUCUUAGUUACUUACCUAGGUGGCUACCUACUAUGUAGGUACCAAGGAAACCUCAACAAGUGGUAAUAA